UUUCAGAAAUUUAUAUUUUAAAAUAUCUCAAACUAAUAUUGAUAAAUUUUGACAAUGUGAAUGGAGCAAAAUUAUUGAACAACCAAUUUUUUCAAGUCACAAGAAUGACAGAGGUUCAUGCUCUGUUCGAUACACAGCAUCUGGUGAACAGUAUUCAGGAUGCAAAUAUAUUGGAGCAAGCUGUAUUUCAUGGCGAUGCAGAUGAGGUCCGAUCACUUAUUUUUAAGAAAGAAGAUGUCAAUGCGAUAGAUAGUGAAAGGAGAUCACCACUACAUGCCGCAGCAUUUCUUGGUGAUGGUGAAAUUGUGGAACUGCUUAUUUUAAGUGGUGCACAUAUCAAUGCUAAGGACUCUAAAUGGAUUACACCACUUCAUAGAGCCUGUGCUUCAAGGGGAGGUGAAGCUGUCAAAAUCCUUCUUAAACAUCAGGCUGAUGUCAAUGCAAGAGAUAAAUCUUGGCAAUCUCCAUUGCAUGUUGCAGCAGCUCAUGAUGCUCUUGCAUGUGCAGAAUUGCUUGUGCCACAUCUAAGCAAUCUCAAUCUGUCUGAUAGGGCAGGUAGGCAAGCACUACAUCAUGCUGCCCUGAAUGGACAUAUUAGUAUUGUUAACUUACUUCUGGACAAUGGUGCAAAUGUGCAUGCAUAUGACCGUCAAGAGAGGAGGGCAAUCCAUUGGGCUGCUUACAUGGGUCAUACUGAAAUCAUUAAAGCCCUCGUGUCACAUGGAGCAGAAAUCAAUUGUCGCGAUAAACAUAAUCAGAAUACGCCAAUGCACGCUGCAGCCUCUGCUGGACAAAUUUCAGUUGUUAAAAUGUUUAUAGAUCUUGGUUGUGAUAUAAAUACUCCCAAUGGGCAUCGUGAUACUCCUCUUCAUCUUGCCUGCUUGAAUGGUCAGGAUGUUGUUGUACACGAGCUGUUAAAAGCAGGUGCAAAAGUUAAUAUGGCUAAUGACAACAGUUGUACACCGCUACACCUAGCGGCUAAGUCUACCCACGGUGCUCUUUCUCUUGAAUUGCUAGUUAAUAGUGAAGCUAAUGUCAAUGUACAAGAUGAAAAUGGGAAGACCCCACUGCACAUGACGGCAGUUCAUGGACGUUUUACUCGAUCGCAAAAGUUGUUACAAAAUGGUGCUCGAGUUGACCUUGCUGAUAAAGAAGGUAACACGGCGCUUCAUGUUGCUUCACGCUAUGGUCAUGAACUGUUGGUAACGACCCUCUUAGAAUCAAACGCGAACCCAAGGAGGCAUGGGACAGAUGGUGCGAUACCUUUGGGAUUAGCAGCUAUUCAUGGUAAUGUUAAUUGCUGUCGUAAAUUACUUUUAUCAAGAUCAGACGAUGAUCCUGAAAGUAAUCCCGAAGUUCAUAUCAAUAUUAAAGAUAAUAAUGAUCGUACUUGUCUUCACUACGCAGCUUGCGGUGGAUCUUUAGAAUGCCUUGAUAUGUUUAUGUCAUAUGUGGAACCUGUUGAUGCAUUCAAAAGAGAUAAGCAUGGUCGGACGCCACUGUAUUACGCUCUGGGAUCUGCUCGAUUUGAUUGCGCCAAACGACUUAUCACAACCAUGGCUUCUAUUAGCAUUGAUGAUGGAGUUAGUGCUUUCGAUAUAAAUGAUGCAGAUGAAUGUGGAAGAACACUACUUCAUCAUGCUGUUGCUGCAGAUUGGAAUGGUCGUUGUGUCGAACUUCUUUUGUCUCGCAAUGCUGAUUGUGGCCUAACUGACAAACAUCGUCACACACCAAUGCAUUAUGCCGCAAUAUGCGGUCAUGAUACUAUUGUUGAAAUGCUGUAUGAUCAACAACCUUCUGUUUUAGAGCAAGCUCAUAAAGAUAUGCACGUUCCCUCUCCACUGCAUUAUGCCGCUUACAACGGCCACACUGAUGUAGUAUCAUAUCUUGCCGACAUCUUAAUCGAUUUAGAAAUUUGUGAUGAGCAAGGUCGAACUCCACUGCAAAUCGCUUCUUUCCAAGGUCAUGCCGAUUGUAUUCAAUCUUUGUUAAUACAAGGUGCUUCCUUUAUGCAAGUAAAUGAAAAUACAAAACAGACUGCUCUUCAUCUGGCGGCUUGUAAUGGACACACCAAAGUCAUGAAAUUGUUAUUAGAGGAUGCAGCUGUUGACAGUGGAGGAAUGGAUGAUCAAGAGGUCAAGAAAUACAUUAAUGCUAAGGAUAUCAAUGGCACGACUGCACUUAUGCAUUGCGUCACAAAUGGCCAUGUAACGUCAUUAGAAUUCUUACUCAGUCAAGGAGCUAAUCCACUUUUAAGAGAUAAGUAUGGUUGUACUGCCAUGCACCGUGCAGCCGCUAUUGGACAUGAGGAUGUCAUAAUCAGUCUAUUGAAGCAUUUCAAUGGUGGACGUAGUUAUGAUGAAAAUACUAGUGGCCCUGCCAGUAAAGCUACUGUUAUGCAGAGUCGUACAGGAAAGACCCCCCUUCAUUUUGCUUCUAUACGUGGCAGCACAGAUAUAUUGGAAACUCUUCUACGCUAUGCCGCAUCUGUAAAUACUGUCGAUAAGUUUGGAUACACGGCACUGCAUUACGCAUGCUAUGAAGGACACGAAGGCUGCGUUGAAGCUUUAGUGAUGCAUGAGUCUUUCUCUACUAUGGAGGGUUCUGCAUUUAGUCCAUUGCAUUGUGCUGUCUACAACGAUAACGAGAUUUGUGCGGACAGACUACUCGAUGUUUUCGAUGAUGAAGUCACACACAUCUUCGAUAACUUGGGUCGGACACCAUUGCAUGUUGCUGCCAUGAAAGAUCAUAUUGACUGCAUACAGUUUCUGCUUAGUCACUCUGCGGAUGUCAAUGCUGUGGAUAGCAUGGCAAGGACGCCACUCAUGUUGGCGGCUAUUGAAGGAAAUAUUAAUGCAGUUGAACUCUUGUUGAAUAUGAAAUCUGAUGUAGCUCUGGUUGAUAAAGAUAAUAACAAUGCUCUUCAUCUAGCUUGUUUGAAUAGAAAAAGUGACUGCGCUAUUACAAUUAUAGAAAAGGCUGGAGAACCAGCAAUUGUGAAUGCACAGAAUAAUGCUGGACAGACUCCUCUACAUAUAUCCGGGAAAGCUGGUCUAUUGCCGGUUACUCAGCAGUUGCUUAUGCAUGACGCAGCAACAGAAAUUUUGGACAAUCGAGGCAUGAAUGCAGCGUUAUCUUGCGCACCAACUAAUGAUGUAGCAGACUGUCUCGAAUUGAUAAUAUCGUUCAUGACGGACAAUUCAAACACUACUUCACAUUCAUCAACUGCGCCAAGAUCGAGUAUGGAAUCGUCACAAUCUAGAGCAUCCUAUGUUGGAACAAUUAUAGAAAAAAUAUCAGAAAACCAUGAACCCGAAGUCAAUGGUGAAGUAGAUAACGUAGACUCUGAUACAUACUUUUAGUCUUACGUUGUUGAGCAUCUGUCCGGCAACAAAAAUAUUUGAUUUAGAAAACGAAGAAGCAAGGAAUCGCUAAUGUAUCACAGGGUUUAUAAGUACUUCCGUAACCCGCAACAACAUUCUAGCUUCAUCUCACGUAUAUCACUUUUGUUGAGGUGGCAAUUGCUUCAUAAAUACCCCUGAUGCGAAUUCUUUUAUUCAUAGACGUUGGAUUUUUUUUAUAUAUUGUUUGAUAGAUAGCUCAUUUUGAAUAUGAAUUUUAUUACCUCGAAUACUUAUAGCGCGAGCUGUAUGGUAGUUUUUAGUCCUUGAGAUCAAAAUGAUGACCAAGUUGGUAACCAUGGAACAAAUUACUUAUUGAACUUUUCUUGAAUUCAUGUUCUUCAUUUCAUACUCAUUGUUGAAGUUUAGGAGCUUAUUUGUCAUCAACACCAUUAUCAAUCCAAAAUGAAUCAUGUGAAUGGUCCAGCAGUGUAUAUUCAAUGUCAUGCAGCAGUGGUCUCCCGGCUAUUCAUCAUAAGAAUAUUAUGUUUUUCGUUAUAUAUGCGGUGGUUUUGGCAUAACUUUUAGCAUGAUUUUAUAUUUAUUUAUUAGAUUAUACAACUUCAUAGAUUGGAACAGGCUUGAGACCAAGUUGUACUUGAAUUGAAAAACUGGAAUCCUCAAAUUAUACUCAAAAAAGACUACUGGUAGCUAGUAUUGAAAAUAAUAUGUUCUUUGAGAAUACAUAUAUGAAUAGUUGAAUUGUUCUUUUUGAAUCAUCAUCCAUACUCAUGCAAUUUUGUGGAAUAGUUUCAUUCCCUUUUUCCAGUUAUAACUGGAGAUGGAAAUUGACUGGAUUGCGACCAGCCAGCCACUUAUUGUAUUUAGGAACUUUAAACAGCUUUCACACUUUCUUUUGUAUCUAUGCGAUUAAAAAGAUUUGCCUUUAUACAAUUUGUGGGAGUGUGCUUUCAUUCAAACACCCCUUCGACAAUAUAUAUUUGGGUCCCAAUCCCAAAGAUAGAUCCCUUCUGGGAUGGUUGAAGUGAUGAUCCUUCCUGCUAAAUAUAUAUAUUUUGAUUGUUAAAACAUUUUUGCUGAUAAUUUGAUUAUUCCUGACCACCAGUAUUGUUUAGGCUCUUUUAAAACCUUUUGAAAAUUGUCAUAUUUAGAUGCUUCUAAUGCGAUUCAAAAGUGUAUUCUGUAUAUUCGACUAAAUGCAUUGUGAUAUUUUAUCAACUGCCUGCCUAAAUUGCCCUUAGCUUAUUGCUUUAGUCUGCUCAGUUUAUCAACUUAGUUUUUCAAUGUGAUUAGAUGCAGAUUUCUGACUUAUUCUUGUUCAGAUUAUGUGUAUUUAUCUAACUAAGAUCGUAACUGUUAUUUUAUUUGGACCUAUUUAAUAUGUUUGAUAUAUUUGUCUUAUCAUUGUGUUGUUUGGAAUACUUUGUAUUCUAUACCAGGCUGGGAUUUUAUUAAGCGCUUCCAAACUGAUAUUGUUAUACAUGUAUUAUAUAAUUUCUUUUUGACAAAUUUAGGUAAAACUUAUGCCAACGCAAUUACAAUAACCUGAAUCCAGUUGGAAACUCCCUUUCUUGUAACACAGAAAAUUCCUCCUAUACAAUGUAUAAUAAUAUUAAUGUAAAUUUUCAAUCUGCUAUCGAACUCUUAUUGCAAAUUUGUUUGAUAGCACACGAAAUUUCCUUGAAUUUUAUAGAGGACCUGUUUGUUUUCUGUCAUGUCCAUUAAUUUAUCAUCAUCUCAUUCAAUUAACAUUACUGUAAAUGUUCCAAUUAAGUUUAUACUUUAUUUUUUCAUGAUUUAUCAUUAUCUGUAAUAUGAUGGAAGUCAUAUUAAUCCCUUGACUCCGAAACUUGAUUAUUUUUCAUAAUUUGCUCAAUAACGUAUGGAAAUCGAUUUUUUUGCAUGUCCUAGUUAGUUAUUGUUGUUAAUAUGAGAACUGUACUACCUACUCAGUGAUCAAUACAUCCAAUGUGCUCCCAUAUUUUUGACGUUUAUUUACAGCCCAACAUUUAAAUCAGUCCUCACAAUGUUUGACUCAAUUAAUUUUAUUUUAUAUUCUUAUAUGGAUUGAUAAUUUGAAUUCACUGUUUUCAUGUUAUAUUUUUGAGUCAACAUUACAGUAAUAAUUAAUUUAGCGUUUUGCUUUACCAUUUAUAAUAAGAGAUUUGGUCAUGUAGUUAUAAAAUCCUUUAAUUUCA